ACAAGAUAGCCAUACCGAGUGCAUUGCCUAAUGUAUCUGAACAAAAGGAACAAAGCAAAUGGGAGAAAUACCACAACACAACUGGUUGUGAUUUGAGAUCUCAAAAUAGCAACAAAGUGGCCAUGGCUUCUGAUAUCAAAGCUGAGAGUUUUUUAGGAAUGUCAUUAGAAUACAGAAGAGAGAAUCAGGGUAAUGUCAUCCAUAAAAGCUCUCUGGACUCUGAGCAUCUGGAGACAAUAAAAAGCAUGCUUUGUAAACAGCGGCAAAACUUUAUCAGUCAAGAUUCUGUUUCAGAAAGAAAGAAACUUUCCCUGCACUUAAAUCAACACUUUUGCACUGCAGAAAUUCUAAGUGAGUUAGGUCACCUGAAUUUCCCAAAUAUUACCAGUGAUAGCAAGGACACUUCUGAACUGUAUUUCCCUAGGGCAGAUAUGGUAAAGAAUACUAAUGUACCUAAACGACAACAACACAUCCCAGUUGAAUUUCAGUCUCCAGCACAUUAUAAGAAUGUUUUUAUUACUGCAUUGAUAGAACAUUUAAACAUAUUAUUAUUUGAACUAUCAAAAAACCUACAUAAAGCUCUUGGGAAAGUAGACAUAUCUUUCUAUUCAUCGGUGAAAGAAGGGCAACAAGAGAAUACUGCGCCUCUCUGCAGCCACAAAAUAGCAGCAAAGCUUGUUAUGGUUAGAAAAGAAGGCCGAAAUAAGGGUCGUCUGUUCUAUUCUUGUGACGCAGCUAAAGCAGAUCGAUGUAAUUUUUUUAAGUGGCUUGAAGAUGUAAAACCUGUACAGAUGGAGAGUAAACCUAGUAUUAUACUUCAUGAUAUAAAGAGUAUUGGAACUUACCUCAGAUGUCAAAGAAUUUCUAUCUAUGAAGAAUGCCAACUUCUAGUAAGGAAAAUGUUUGAUACCCAAAGAAAACAAUUUGGUAAGAUGAAGACAUGUAAUAUUGCAAAGGCUAGCUUUGACUGUGAUUCUAAGAGGAAAUUAUUUCUUAAACUGAAUCGGAAGGAACAUUCCUCUGCAUAUAGCAAAGAUGAUCUUUGGGUCGUUUCCAAGACUUUGACAUUUGAACCCUUGGACACUUUCAUUGCAUAUAGUGUUUUUUUUGGACCAUCCUCUAAUAAUGAAGUGCAGUUGGAGCCUCUUAAUGGUUAUAGCCCAUCAAAUUGGUGCUCAGAUAUGAUUGUUCAUGCCUUGUUUGUGUGUAACGCUAGCACAGAACUCACAAAUUUGAGAAAUAUACAGGAAAAUGUCAGUUCAAUCACUUUGCCAAUCAUGCAACAUCUACUUACAAAGGGUUUCAAAGAAUUAUUUCCAAAAACCAAAGAAAGAAAACAAAAGUUUAAACCACCAGCACUAAAUACAAAUGCAAUAAAAUCUGAAGCUUUCAGCCCAGAAAUAGUUAUAAAUCUUGCUGAUAAAAUUAUUCAAGCUUUCCAGCUAAAUAAAGAUCAAGCCACAGCAAUGAUGAAGAUCGGUGCCAUGAUGACAUCUCAAAAAAUAAACACAGAAACAGGGAAGCAUCCAACGUUUCCAAUAACAAUAAUACAUGGUGUGUUUGGAUCCGGAAAAAGUUUAUUGCUGGCUAUUGUGAUUUUAUUCCUGGCACAAAUAUUUGAAAUCCACGAAGCAGCUAAUGGCAAACGGUCAGUGCCAUGGAAAAUAUUGGUUUCUUCUUCCACCAAUGUUGCUGUAGACAGAAUACUACUGAGAAUAAUUCAUAUUUUGCAGAUUUCUGAAUCAGGCAGGAUCAGUAUCAGUAUCUGCAUUGACUCAGGAUAUGCACCUAUAUUACUUAGAACACAGUAUCGUUGUCACCCUGUUAUUGCUGCUCUAACUAAUGAGCUAUUUUAUGAAGGAAUUCUGUUGAAUGGAAUUUCUGAAACAGACCGAAGUCCUCUCCUGGACUGGCUACCAACACUGUGUUUUUAUAAUGUUAAUGGGUCAGAACAAACUGUCCAGGUGUCUACAGUGGAUGCUUUUCAGGGAGCAGAGAAAGAAAUAAUUGUUUUAUCUUGUGUAAGGACAAGACAAGUUGGCUUCAUAGAUUCAGAAAAGAGAGUGAAUGUGGCUCUCACUAGAGGAAAAAGACAUUUAUUGAUAGUAGGAAAUCUAAACUGUUUAAGAAAGAACAAAUUAUGGGGAAGUGUUAUUCAGCAUUGCACAGGGAGAGAAAAUGGAUUACAACAUGCUAACCAAUGUGAGCAACAACUGAAUGAUAUUGUUAAAUCUUAUUUCAAGAGAAAGAUGGAAGAAGAAGCCAUCAUGAAAAAGAAAAAAUCUAAAAAUGAAUCCGUUUCUCAAAAAACAAACUCAUAA